ACUCAGUGGUAAUAUAACACACUCCCAGUGUCGGCUCUCGAGCAGGUCGCCCAGCUUCCACGGCCGCCGCCCUCCCCCCGUCCCUUGCCACAUCCCGGUUCGCUGACGCCGUCCUCCGCCCAGCACUCCAGCAGCUAGCUAAUAAUUCAUCUCGAGAUCAAGGCUGCUACUGUAGGGCUAGCUCCGCGGCUUCGUCGCCAUGGAUCUUGUGGCCGGCGCCGUGGGCAGCAUCAUCCGCAAGCUCGGCGAGCUGCUCCAGGCAGAGUACAAGCUACAGGCGGGCCUGCUAGAGCAAAUCGAAUCUCUGAAAAAUGAGCUCGAGAGCGCGCACGCGGCUCUCCGCACCGUGUCGGAGGUGCCGCCGGAGCAGCUUGAUCCACAGGUUCGGCUCUGGGCUCGUGAGGUCAGGGAAGCGUCGUACGACAUGGAGGACAUCCUCGACACCUUCCUCGUCGACGGCGCCCCGGCUGAUGGCCUGGGCAAAGGUCGUCGUCUCCUGAAGAAGAUGGAGAAGCUGUUCAGAAAGAGCAAGGAGCGCCACGCCAUUGCUGGCGCCAUUCAGAAGAUGAAGGGACGGCUCCAGGAAGUGGCUGACCGCCGCGACAGGUACGCCGUUCCGGUGGCAGCGCCAGCGCCGGUGAGGACGCUGGAUCCUCGCCUCGUGUACAUGCACAGGGAAGCGGCACAGCUCGUCGGCAUCGACAAGACCAAGGCUGAGCUCAUGGCCAUGCUUCUGCCGCUGUCGUCAUCCCGCUGCCCUGAGGACGACGUCGAUGUCUCUGCCAGCGACGGUGACAAGAUGAAGAUAGUUUCUGUGGUCGGAGCUGGUGGCCUUGGAAAGACCACUCUAGCCAAGGCCGUCUACGAUGAGCUCAAACCGCGAUAUGAUCAUGGAGCAUUUGUUUCGGUUGGCCGAAAACCUGACCUGGUGCAAGUCUUUACCAGCAUCUUCUUCCAUCUCGACGAACAAAAAUACAAUGCCAUUCGUGAAGUGAAGGACCUACAGCUGUUGGCUGGCGAACUACGAAGAUUUCUACAAGACAAGAGGUACUUGAUCGUUAUCGACGACGUUUGGGAUACAAAAUCUUGGGAUACAAUAAAAUUAGCUUUUGAUCAAAAGAAUAAGCAGAGCAGAGUAAUCACAACCACUCGCAACCGACAAGUAGCUUCCAGUGAGGAGGUUUACGAGCUACAUCCGCUCUCUCAUGACAGCUCAAAGAAGCUAUUUUAUAUGAGGCUGUUUUGGGGUGAGGACAAAUGCCCGGCUAAUCAUCCUGAAGAGGCAUCUCAAAGGAUUUUGGACAAAUGUGGUGGUGUACCAUUAGCUAUCAUCACAAUGGCAAGCUUGCUAGUGGGUAAAUCGAGAGAAUAUUGGUUGGAGGUGUGCAACUCACCUGGUUUCUAUCGCGGUAAAGAUACCAACGAACAAGUAGACGACACCGUGUGGAUACUGUCUCUGAGCUAUUAUGACCUACCUUCGUAUCUAAAAACUUGCUUAUUGUACCUAAGUGUGUAUCCAGAAGAUUAUGAGAUCGAGAAGCAUAGAUUGAUAUGGAAGUGGGUAGCUGAAGGUUUCAUCGAGAAGAAUGCAGGAAGCAGCAGCUUGUUUGAGCAGGGAGAGGAAUACUUCCAUGAGCUCAUAAAUAGAAGCAUGAUCGAGGCGAUGGAGUUCGACGAAGGGUUUGGCAUCAUAAUUGGUUGUCGCGUUCAUGACAUGGUGCUUGAUCUCAUCCGUGACAUAUCAAACAAAGAAAAUUUUGUCACUGUCUCAUAUGAUGAUGGUAGAAGAGGCACAACGUCGUCAUCGUCACGAAACGUGGUGCGUCGGCUAGCUCACCAAAAUAGAAGAAUGACAGAGGACAAUCCUGUGGAGGGCAGCAUGACACAUCUAAGGUCACUGGUUGCUUGUGGGUGUGAUAUGGAUGGUUGGGUCAUGCACUCGAGCUCUACGCUGCUAUUGCGUGUGCUAGCUUUAGAGCAAUGCUGCACACCACCAUCUAUGGACAUUGGUCAUCUUGGAAAACUGCUUCAUCUCAGAUACCUUGGGCUACGUGGUACUCUCGUAGACAAGCUCCCAGACGAAAUAGGAUCCCUCAAGCUUCUGCAAGCACUGGAUUUACUAGGCACCGGAAUAUCACGACUUCCACGGACCGUUUGCCUACUAACGCAGCUGAAGUACCUAUACGGUGAUGCAUGCACGAUAGUGCCCAAUGGUUUCCUCGGGAAGGUGACGUCACUGGAAGAGUUGCAUAUACAUCCUCCUAGCGAAGGUGACGAGUACAACCAACAACAGUUUAUGCAGGAUUUGGGCACCCACCAGGGAGAAAUUAGGGUGCUCGAUUUGAUGAGGUUCAGAGAUGAGUUUGACGAUCUGAGCAUGGAGUCUGGUCUAGUGCAGGCCCUAGGAAGUCUGCACAAGCUGCAGACCCUACUAGUGAGCAGUGAUUACACGAAGCAACAAGUCGCACAGUACAGCUGGGACACGGCGGCCCUUCCGCGGUGUCUCCGGAUCUUGGUCUUCGUUGACCUCAGGUUCCAUCAUGUACCAUCGUCCAUCAAUCCCGCGAGCCUCCCCAACCUCUCACGACUGGAAUUGUCUGUGGGUCAUCUAGACGAGGCAAGUCUGAGAGCCUUGGGUGGGUUGCCAGGGCUCACCUACCUCACACUAACGGCGGCUGAUUGGCUGAAGAGCUCAUGCAAGGCUUCGGUAGUUGAUGUCGUUGUCGCUGAUGGCUUCUUCCUCAAGUUGAGAUCCCUCAGGCUGUAUGGCUGGAUGCUCCAGUUGGUGCCCAGCGAGGACUCGACUAGUGUUUCGUUCAACAUCUGGAAAGGAGAUGAGGACGUUGUGGCCCUUGGUUUCUGCAGAACAAGUGUAGCAGCACCUAUGACCUCCUCUAUCAUCAUGCCAGACCUCAUAGACCUGUGGUUCUAUGUCCCUGUUAGAGCCUUGUGUAAGAGUAGAAAUGGAAGCAUCUGUGACAGCCUCGGCUGGGAGUGCCUCCCUUCGCUACACAAAAUCGAUGCAGUUGUCGACAGUAAGGGCGCCUAUAUCGGCGAUGUGAAGAAGGUCGAGGCUGAGAUGAGGCAGGCAGCAAAACUGCAUCCCAACCAACCCAUAAUUAAUAUUCUACUACUCAAUCAAUAUAUUUGAUGCAACACGAACCAUUAAUCAGGUGCCUAUCUCUGUAUUUGAGAACUAGUCAUGGUUCAUUAGACAAUAAUGCAACUGAUUUUAGGCGUGCCUGCCUGUUGAAUAUAAAUCAGGUUCGUCUCUAGCUUGUGCAGCCUAGUUUUACUCAAACACGCUGACACCAUUGAUACAUAGAUAAAGAUACUGAUGACUGGUUUCUUGGAACAGUCUCCUAUAUAGAAGCUGUGAGCAUACCAGGCACUCAGCCAGCACAAAACUAGUUUUACUCAAACACGCUGAUUGUUGUUUCGUUUAGCUUUUGGUGAGUCCAUCGCGGGUGUAUAAAUAAUACCUGUUAAACAUAGAAGUAAAUUACCUGUACAUGGAAUGCCUGCAUGCACUCCUUCCUUAGAUAGCUAGACCGCAUUCCUGUAAUCUCGUGCAUACUUUAUUUCCUACGAUAGCUAGACUGCCUGCCAGAUAUGCAGACAUGUAAUUCUCCCUGUACAUUGCCUAUAUAAAGGAAUAGCACAGCCCUGAGAAGCAAGGCAUUACUCCUAACCAAACAUGGUAACAGAGCCAAGGUUUUAAUGUCCACAAUACCUUCUUCUCCCACAAAUUCCUCCACCACCACGUCCUCCUCCACCAUGGCGAAUUCAUCUUCUGCUCCUCACAUUCCAAUUCAUCAAGUCGUCACCAUUCGUCUCACCAAAACCGGCACCAGCACAACAGAUUGCCUCAUCUACCGAUGCAAAUGCCAGGGUCAUCCCCAACCCAGUAUAUGAGCGGUGGUUCAAUCAGGAUCAACAGAUCCUGAGCGGACUCCUUUCUUCAAUGACUGAAGAUGUUCUCGAUGACAUAAUAACUGCGUCCUUCUCUAAAGAAGCCUAGGAUAUCCUCAAUAGCAUGUAUUCUUCUGCCUCACGGCUCGCAUUGUUCAGAUCCGGAUGGAUCUCGCUACUAUCAAGAAGCGGGAUCUCUCUGCUGCUGAUUAUUUUCGCAAGAUAAAGAGCUAUGCAUCUGAUCUGGCGGCUGCUGCUGCACCUCUCCGUGAAGAUGAAAAAGUGGCCUAUCUUCUUGCCGGUCUUGGACCAGAAUACGACUCAUUCGUCACAGCUAUGACUACUAAGAGUGAGGCUCUAACUUUUGAUGAUAUUUAUGCUCAUUUUCUGUCGUAUGAAGCUCGUCAGCUCCAACAUCAAGCGGAUACGCGUCUCAACGUUGGCACUAUGGCCAACUAUGCUGGGCGAGGAGGCUCUCAACAUCGUGGUCGCGGUCGUGGUAAGUCACGUGGCCGGAGUUCUUUUCAUGGACCCGGACGUACUGGUCCUACUACCCGCGACCCCUGUCAGAUUUGUGGCAAGUUGGGUCACACGGCCCUCAAAUGCUGGCAUCGCAUGGACAAAUCUUAUCAACACGACUCUCCAUCAGCUGCAGUUGCUGCAACAUCUUCUUAUCAUGUCGAUCCUAACUGGUAUAGUGACACCGGAGCAACUGAUCACAUAACCAGUGAGUUGGAUCGUCUCGCCGUGAGGGAGCCAUAUCGUGGCAAUGACACCGUGCAAGUCGGCAAUGGCGCAUGUUUGCAAAUUAAGCAUCUUGGUUCUUGUUCCAUUAACACUGAUACUCGCCCUCUUGCAUUAAAUAAUGUUCUUCAUGUCCCUCAAAUAUCUAAACAUCUUUUAUCUGUUCAUAAGUUAACCCGUGAUAAUGAUGUUUUAUUUGAAUUUCAUCCCUCCCAUUUUUUCAUCAAGGAUCGUGCCACUCAGAAUCUUCUUCUGGAAGGAAAAUGUGAAUCCGGCCUCUAUCCCAUCAAGCCUGCUGAUCUUGCGUCUGUUAAACAAGCACAUCUGAGCUUCUCGGCGCGUCCUUCACAAUGGCAUGCUCGGUUUGGUCACCCCUCAGUCCAAGUUGUGUGGUCCAUUUUAAGUCUCCAUCGUCUCCCAUGCCGUGAAGAAACUAGUUUGUCUACUGUCUGUAAUGCAUGUCAAUUAGCCAAAAGUCAUCAAUUACCAUAUCAUAGUUCUACUUUUCAUGCUACAUCACCUCUUGAACUCAUAUAUUCUGAUGUCUGGGGUCCUGCACCAGUGUCUAUUGGUGGAUACAAAUAUUAUAUUAGUUUUAUUAGUGCAUUUAGUAAAUUCAUAUGGAUUUAUCUCAUGCAUGAUAGGACUGAUGCUCAGCUCAUUUUCUUACAAUUUCAGGCUCAUGUCGAGCGUCUUCUUAAUAAAAACAUUAAGUGUGUUCAGUCCGACUAGGGCGGCGAAUAUCAAAAACUUCAUAAUCGUUUCUUCACUUCCUUGGUAUUGGACAUCGUGUAUCCUGUCCACACACUCACCAACAAAAUGGGUCAGCAGAACGCAAACAUCGCCACAUUGUUGAAACAGGCCUCGCUCUUUUAGCACAUGCUGCCAUGCCCCUCAAAUUCUGGGAUGAGGCCUUUACCACAGCCACAUAUCUUAUAAACAGACUUCCUACUAGGGUCAUUGAUAACUUGUCGCCUCUACAACGUUUAUUCCAAACACCACCCAAUUAUUCCUUGCUCAAGAUUUUUGGUUGUGCCUGCUGGCCUCACUUACGUCCCUACAAUCGCCACAAAUUAUCCUUUCGUUCUAAACCAUGUGUCUUCAUUGGGUAUAGUUCACUUCAUAAGGGCUAUAAAUGUUUAGAUAUGGAUUCAGGUCGAGUCUAUAUUUCCCGGGACGUAGUUUUUGACGAGGCUCUAUUUCCUUUUUCUACUCCUUCAUCCCCCGUUGC